UUUCAGGUAAAUGAUAGUUAUGAGUUGUCAUUUCAAGCAGGAGAUAUAAAGUUAGACUUUUUCUUUUUUUAUGAAGAGAAGGAUCAUAUGUGGAAUGGAGGGACACAUCAUGAAACAGGACAAAAAUACAAGUAUAUAUUUCCGAAGUUUUCCAUGUGUUGGACAAUAUUCCUUGAUUUGAAGGUGAGAGUGCCCUGUCCACCUUUACCAUACAUUGAAGCUAAUUAUGGUAAGAACUGGAUGGAACCAGUCAAAGAUUGGGAAUGGAACAAAAGCCCUCCAAAUGUCAGAGAAAAUGGUUUCUGGCCUAAAGAUGAAUGGAAUGAUGUCAUACAAGUCUACUGAAAGAUAAAUCAUUAUGGGAUUAUUUAAAGGGUAUCUUUGUAGGAACCAGUCUAGAUAUUUAGCUUUAGUUUCAAAUAGAGUGAACCAGUCAAAGUGAGUGAACUGGUCAAAGUGAGUGAACCAGUCAAAGUGAGUGAACCAGACCAGUCAAAGUGAGUGAGUGAACCAUUCAAAAUGGUAUUAUUGAUACAUAGAGGGACACAAGCAUUAGAAUAGAUGAUGAAGAAUGGUAUAACCUGU